CAAAAAGAGAAAUGAAACUACAGUCCCCCGCCCUGUCAGCAUUAACAGGGUAUAAGAAAUGGACUUUGGACAGAUAGACAGAUUCCUGGGGCCUGUCAACAGUCAAAAUGUCCAAAGGGCCUGUCGUUCUCUGGCUGGUGAUUGAGUUCGGACAGCUUUAUCUGACACCAGCCACAUCAGAGAUUGUCGUGACGGCAUUCUUGGGUCAGUCAGUGACAUUGCCCUGUAUGUACUCAUCGUGGCAUCCAGGCAGCAACAGCAUGUGCUGGGGCAGAGGCCAGUGUCCCAAGUCCAAGUGCAAUCAGGUGCUUCUCUAUACCGAUGGAACGAAGGUGCUCUCGAGGUCAGUGAAGUAUAGACUUUCAGAGAAUAUCCAGAGAGGUGAUCUUUCCUUGACCAUCUCAAACACCAACAAAGGUGACAGCGGUGUGUACUGCUGCCGCAUAGAGGUGCCUGGCUGGUUCAACGAUGUGAAGAAGAACAUUCGCCUGCAGCUGAUGAGAGCUCCACCAACCACGCCUCCAACUACAACCACAAGUCCAACAACAACCACAAGUCCAACAACAACCACACAUCCAACAACAAUUCCUUACCUAACCACAACCACUGGGAUGAUGACAACGGCAGCUGCACUUCCAACUACACCUGACCUCACAACUGGAACAUCACUUCAGACGACAACCACCCCUAUUCUCACAACAACUGCAACCCACUGCCCUCAGACAACACUGAGCUCCCUUCCAGAGGCAGCCGAAGAUCUCCUGACCUCUAAGCCUCCCACAGAAGGUCCCAUCCUCACCACAGAGUCCAAAGCUUUGGUUCUCCAGUCAACAUCCCAGGCAUCCACGUGGAAAAUGAGUGGAUCGGUGACUUUUCCUCAGCUAAGUGGGUCUGAGACGGCAAUUCUUGUGCACAAUGAAGUUAAAUCAGAACAGAUGAAAACGUCCAACAGCUCUGACCUGCUGAUAAUCAUUGCUCCCUGCGUGGGAUUUGUGGUGUUCCUGUUGCUCUUGGGGUUUCUCCUGCGAGGUAAGGAGGGCAGGACCAGGCUGAACAACGCUGGAGAAAAUAAAAAUGUCCUUAAUGACAUACAUCUUGAAACAGAAGAUGAAGAUGGCAUGUUCACACUCUAA